UAAUAUGAAACCGUGGCAUUAUGAUUUACAUGAAGACUGUAUAAAAUAGGUUAGGGAAAUAACUGAUUUCUUAAAGUUUCCUAAAACAGGAGCAAGCACGAUUUCCCGAUUCUUUUUUCUUCUUCUUUCCCUUUUUUUCUAACUCUCUUCCCUUUCUUUCAGUAAACAAGUUUAAAACAAAUAUUGUUUUUUUUAUUUUAUUCCCUCUCUCUCUCUUUUUGAUAUUUCUUUCACACAAUUGGGUCAAUGACAGACAGCAAGUCAAGAAAUGAAAUCAUAGACUCUGACGACACUAGUUCAGAUUAUACCCCAAACCCUAGGCCGAGUCGUAGAAAAAUAACCAUGUCCACUCGAAGAAACUCUCGUAUGUUAUAUUUAGAAAAAUACGGACUUGACCAACCUGGUUGGUACAGUUCAGACAAUCUUCAUGACUUUGAUAAUGACUCUACUGACGAAGAUAAUAACGAAGAACUUGAAGAACAAAGAAAAAAAAUUGAAGAAUAUAGAGCACAGCCUAUCCAACCAUGCAUAGACCCUUUUGCACCCAACACACAACCUAUAGGCGAUGUCCCCCUUAAACGUCCUGUGUCAAUAAGGAACUACAUGCAGAACACAACAAAUCAAAAAAGACCCGCUCGAUUUGUCAAGCCUAUCAAUUCAGCUUCAUCUAUAGGCAAAGUCGCUUUACCGCCUACUGAGUUUAUCCAUGUACAUAAGUUAUUAGAAGCAUAUGAAAAGAAAGUUUACAUCGAAGGUUAUCUUCAAAAGAAGAACGACCUCAAAUCCAAUGGAACUUCAUGUAACGCAAACAAAUGGACUGUUUGGUAUGUGGAGCUUUGCGGUCCUGUUCUCAGUCUUUGGGAAGCCUCAGAUACCUCGCCUAGUCAGGAUAUAUUUCCUCAAUACAUCAACAUCACCGAUUCUACUGUACAUAUCGAACCCACCAUAUCACCCAAUGCAUUCUCAUUAAAUUCGGCUGGUGCCAAUCGCUAUAUCCUACAGGCUCCUGAUUCAGAAGCUCUCCGUCGCUGGGUCUUGGCUAUACGUCUCUCUUGCUUUGAAUGCUCACGUAUUCAGGAAAUCUAUACUAGGGCUUUCAUUUGUCGACCCCAAUACACUAAAUUUCUUACCAUCAACAAAAAAUCGCAUGUCACUGCUACCGGUUUUCUUCACGUUCGUUUCCCAAAUGCGACAGGCUGGAAACAGUACUGGGUGGUGGUCACUAAUCAAAAAAGGCAAAAAGGCUUAUUCAGUAAAAAAGCAACACCAUCCACCGGUCGCAUCAUGUUUUACGAGUCCAAAAAGGCAAAGUAUCCUGUGAUGACACUUCAACAGGUGGUACAGGCAUACACUGUUUAUCCAGAAUCACCAAAACUGAUAAGCAUGGCAACGCUUUUUAAAAUCGAAGGAUCUUUAUAUCAAACUUAUUCUGGAAAGGAUCUAAAAUUGGUCAAUGCAUCUUCAAGCGCCUUAUUGAUGACAUCCACGACUGCAGAGUUGGUCGAAUGGCUUAUUCACGUCUUUGAUUGCUUUCAGCUGUAUGGACGUCCCCAAUCAUUCUUGAAUGACCCUUUUAACCCAAAGGCACUUGAUUUUGGAGAAAUGACGACGAGUCGACUGAACGCUAACCUGUUUCUGGAACCUGAGGAAGUCAGCCAUGUUAGUAUAGAAAGUCAUUUGCUUGAGACCAAGACAGAAUUUGCAGCAGUAUUAGCUCAAAAAUUAAAAAACAGACCAACUCCCUUAACAACAGUAACUGAAACAUUUGCUGUAAGUGCUGCAGAUCAUGAUAGACAUCCGAAACCCGUGACUACGAGGAAAAGUCAAUCCAGGGCACUGGAGCAAAAACGGUGAAGCAAAA